GACAUGGAAAAGGGAAAUUUCACAGCAGUUACAGAAUUUUUUCUGGUUGGGCUUUCUCAUUACCCAGGCCUCCAGUUAUCACUUUAUGUGCUCUGCCUGGUGAUGUACUUGGUGAUCCUGUUGGGAAACAGCAUUCUCAUUAUCAUCAGCAUCCUAGAUCCCCGCCUUCACACCCCUAUGUAUUUUUUCCUUGGGAAUCUCUCCUUCCUGGAUAUCUGCUACACCUCCUCCUCUAUCCCUCAAAUGCUGAUAAAUUUUAUGUCUGAAAGAAAAUCCAUUUCCUUCAUUGGAUGUGCCCUGCAGAUGGUUAUUUCUCUUGGAUUGGGAUGUACAGAGUGCAUUCUCCUUGCAGUGAUGGCCUAUGACAGGUAUGUUGCCAUCUGUAAUCCCCUCAGAUACACCAUCAUCAUGAACAAGGGACUCUGUGUUCAGAUGGCUGCUUGGACCUGGAUUAUAGGGUGUCUGAACUCUUUGGCACAAACUGUGCUUGCUAUGAUGAUGCCUUUCUGUGGGAACAUAAUAGAUCACCUUACCUGUGAAAUCCUGGCCCUUCUCAAGCUUAUCUGUGGAGACAUCUCCAUUAAUGUAUUUAUCAUUACAGUGGGAAGUAUUGUUUUCUUAGUAAUUCCUCUGCUACUCAUUUUAUUCUCCUAUAUCUUCAUCCUUUCCACCAUCCUGAGGAUCAACUCUAGUGAGGGGAGGAAGAAAGCCUUUUCCACCUGCUCAGCCCACCUGACAGUGGUGAUCUUAUUUUAUGGCUCGGCUCUUUUCAUGUACAUGAAGCCCAAAUCCAAGGACACUAAGACUUCUGAUGAGCUCAUAGGACUGUCCUAUGGGAUAGUGACUCCAAUGCUCAAUCCCAUUAUCUACAGCCUGAGGAACAAAGAGGUGAAAGGAGCUAUCGAAAAGGUCCUAAUCAGAAACUUGUAUUUGAAAAGAAUGUGA